UGUCGUCAUUUCCGUUUGGUGUAUCCGUGGCGGGAGAUUCACACGUGUGCCUGUUUACGUUUUUAGAUUUCACACGUUUUAGUUUGUUUUAGUGAUAUUAUUAAUAAUAAUAAUAAUAAUAAGGACGAUGGAAAGUAAACAGAACGGUUCUGUUCUUGGGAGUGAGACUGAAAACAAGACAAACAGCUUGGCACAUGUGAAGCAGAAUCACGUGCAUGAGAAAGCAGAGGAGAGCUUCAGCUUCACCCCACAGCCCAGUCUGGAGGACAUACGCAGGAUGCAGGCCGAGUUCACAGACGAAAGAGACUGGAAUAAGUUCCACCAGCCUCGUAACCUGCUGCUCGCCCUGGUUGGGGAGGUAGGAGAGGUGUCUGAGCUGUUCCAGUGGCGUGGAGAGGUGAAGGAAGGGCUACCUGGGUGGACUGAGGCUGAGAGAGAGAACCUGGCUCAGGAGCUCAGCGACGUGCUCAUUUACUUAGUGGAGCUGGCUGAGAAGUGUCGUGUGGACCUGCCACAAGCCGUACUGCGUAAGAUGGCCCUCAACAGGCUCAAAUACCCGGCCAGCAAAGUACACGGGUCUGCCAAGAAGUACACCGAGUAUCAGGACUAAAUCCAUAGUACGCAGGAUCCCAGUCCUGGUCAUAAAGACAUCACUUCAGAAAGAUGACCAGGAUGUGUUUGUUUAAGGGUUAAAAGUACAUCAGCCUGAGCAAUUGUUUGAGUGGCUCUCUCUCUAAUUUUAUUAUUCAGCACACAGGACCAGUACUGAGCCGUCCUAACGUCCAUCUCUAAACCCAGGACCAGUUCUGAGCCGUCCUAACGUCCAUCUCUAAACCCAGGACCAGUACUGAGCCGUCCUAACGUCCAUCUCUAAACCCAGGACCAGUUCUGAGCCGUCCUAACGUCCAUCUCUAAACCCAGGACCAGUACUGAGCCGUCCUAACGUCCAUCUCUAAACCCAGGACCAGUACUGAGCCGUCCUAACGUCCAUCUCUAAACCCAGGACCAGUACUGAGCCGUCCUAACGUCCAUCUCUAAACCCAGGACCAGUACUGAGCCGUCCUAACGUCCAUCUCUAAACCCAAGACCAGUACUGAGCCGUCCUAACGUCCAUCUCUAAACCCAGGACCAGUACUGAGCCGUCCUAACGUCCAUCUCUAAACCCAGGACCAGUACUGAGCCGUCCUAACGUCCAUCUCUAAACCCAGAAAAAGUACUGAAACUUUUUAACGUCCAUCUCUAAACCCAGGACCAGUACUGAACCACUGCAGCCAGCAUCGUCGAUGAUGGGAUUGAUGACAUCACUCUAGACACCAUUAGAUCGGAUUUAAAAUGAUUAGUUAGAUUGGAUUAAUUGCUCAAAUAGUUCAUGUUUUAAUCCGUUUCAAGAUAAGUGUCUGUGAUUUUGGUUAAUACUAGUAUUAGUUAAGACUCUUGGUUAAUCAGUCAGUUUUCUUUGUCAUGCUGUUAUUCUUAAUCUUUAAUGUUCUUACUUUUAUUUACAUUUUAUCCUGGAAACAGACUGUGGGAUUUUAUUACAAACAAAGAAUGCUGUGUAAAUUGACUCAGACACAAAGGUGUAUGUUCUGUUUAAAGUGCUGCUUACACACACUAGUCUUUUAGAGUAAAUGCAGUGUUUCACUCGA